AUAGCCACAAAUCCUCUGGUCUUCGACUAGGUUUAGGAUGGCCUCUCCAAAGCGACCUAAGAGCUACCACGAGAGUUCACUGGACAGCGGUAGCCCUUUCCGCUCUUCACGAGCGCGAACACGGAGUGGCUCACCUCUCCUUCGCAUGAUUCGAAGCUCGUCGUCGCUCUCUCCUAAGAAGAUGAACUUAUUUUCCUCCUCUAAAAAAGGCUGGCGUUCCUUGUCUCCUAGUCCUAAGAAGGCUUCUGUAUCUGUGUCUGAUUCUACACGUCCAGCGACCCAAACAUGGAAAACAGCCCCAGCACCUUCUGCUUCGACUCCUCGGAAAUCCCUUAGCACGCAGUUGAGCCGCAUCCGCCGUCGGUCUGCAUCUCUUCCCUACCUUCGACACACUGCUAGUCCCCCCAGCCAUGGCUUGUCUCUUGCUCGUUCGCCCGUCGUUUCUGUCUACAAUGUUCAUGAUGACCCGUUCCGCUUCUCUCCUCAUCCAGCCCAAGGGAUCUUUGUUCACACAGACAGUCUUAACCUACAGAUGGCGUCUAUUUUAUCGACAGAGUCCAGGGACAAUGGACCCAUCGAGGCGGAUAUUCUUGCGCGUCAGAAAGUUAAGACUAUGUUGUUGCUAUCGGAAGAGAAAAAGAAGCGAAAAUUUGAGGCCCGUUCCCUCGCGCAUAAGAGUGCUCCGCUUAUGACACUUUCCAAUGCGUCAAACUCAAAUACAUCUCAGUCUAGUCCUAUCCGCUCGAAUCGGAGUCCUAAACGGUCGCGCCUCUCAGUUCAACAAUUUGAUGUCUUCAGUGCAGAUUCCGGUAAUCCUACUCCCCCCAAGAAACGCAGAGAUUGCUACAGCCCAAGUCCCACUUCUUCGCCCUCCCGGUCCGCGAAGUCAGAGGCGCGUGGAACCUCCAGUUCUCGAAAGGGACCUCCUUGGAUUCCUGAAGUGCCCGACGUUUCCAUUUUCGAUCCUCAGCUUGAGCCUCCUGACGUUGCCGAUGAGAACCCAUCAAGCCCAAAUCCAUUCCGAGUCAUUCAGUCAGACUUUGAGGUCUUCGAGACUGGACUUAAAGAAGAUGGACUUUCUCAUGCUGAUUCUCCCCCGUCGAUUUUCUUCCAGCCUCCAAGUCCCAUAAAGGAUCCCUCGAAACGUCGCGGUCUGAUCGUCAACACACCUCUGCUGAUCCUUAAUAUCCGUCGAACUCCCUCUUAUGAAUCUUUAGCUGAGAAAGAAGAGGCAAAAGAGGGCGAGGGAGUUUUUGAGCCCCUCGCCUCUGAUUUCGAUACCGCCAGUCCAGACUUCGGAGCCACAGAAGUCGGAAACAAGCUCGCAGGGCAUAAAACUCCGGAAGUUUCGGUUCCUCAAGUCAGUGAAGAAGAUAUGUACCUGCCCGUUUCAGAAAUGCUCGAUCAUUAUUUUGAAGACUCAGACAUAAGUGCUGGCUCAUGGUCCAUAACAAAGUCAUUUUCAACUCCCGAUGAACCAAUGGCCGCUCAACCGGGACACAAAACGCGCAUUUCGGGCGUCUCUUUGUUCACAGAAGCUAAACUUCACCUUGCAUCUCAAGACCUGUUAACUCAUCCAUCCAUUGAAUCAAGUAUUGGCCCGAGAGAUGCACCGAACAAUGUUGAUCCCAUAGACACCUUUAUUGGUGCCCAACCUCCCGUGUCUUCAUUGCUGCACUCCCAGUCUCAUGAGCUGGACAUGUCCUCGCAAGCUGGGCCCAGUAUGACUGAGCCUCUGAAAUUCGAACCUGUUCCUGAACCGUCAUUGGAUCUAACCGACAUCCCAUCUAAGCCAGUUCUGCCAAGUAGGAUCAGGAGCGACCGCGUCAAGAAUCCAUCUACUGAGUCUGGCCCAUCUCCGACCUUCAGCUCAUCUGUGCUAUCUCAGACUCCUAAGGACUCGCUUGAUACUACCCAUCACGAAGCAUCUGCAAGUUCGUCCCAGAUACAGCGCCUGCAAUCCCCGGCACCCACUGGGAAGAGGAGAAGGGGUUUGUCUGACGUUGCCAGCAUGGCCGUUUCUUUGAAGAGACUUGCAAGGAAUGGGAAGACGAAGAAGGCGGAGUCAUCCCUCGGAGACUAGGGGCACCAACCGGCAACUUUGGCGAGGGUAGCAAGUGGACCUGGAUGUAUAUAAUGAACUCUUCUCGCCGUCUACCUGUCCCACUUUCUGUUGAUAUAACGCCUGGCAUAACCUAGUGUGAACACGACACUUUGACACUAAGUGAUCAGAUUUGAUGGAACCA